UCUGCAGGAGGGAGAAGCAAGGCAAGAAACUUAUCUUCCAGGAAAAGGAGUAAAUAAAUCAACCAAAGCCCGGGAAAUCUCAUGAAAAGUGCGGCGGACAUGUGGUCUAUAAUCACGCGUUAGGGACCACUCGAGUAAAAGAAGGCAAGGACUGGAUAGUUUCGUGAUAGUUGACCCAGUCCCAGGUCGUUUUGAGUUGCAUCGUCAUCGAAGCUCGCCUCUUCCUUCACGUUUGUUCUUUUGGUACAUUUCGAUUCAGAAGCUUUUGCCUAAAAUGUACUAAAUACUUUGUUCUUUUCAACUUCAGAGCGGGAGUAGGUACCCUUGACCUGGAUAACACGUCGUUGGUGGUUGGAAUUUAGAAAGAACGACAGCACCAAGUUGAAAGCCUUGAGAAUCAAUUUUUCUGUCACUGCUCCUCCAUCUGAAUCUGUCUAGUUCUGAACUCUGAUCGAAGCAUGGCUGAUGCACUUGUUUCAGCAGUCUUGCAGCAGCUAACAGCUGUUGUUUAUCAAGAAAUUGAACAAGAGGUGACACUUGUUGUGGAUGUCAGGAAAGAAGCUCAGAAGCUCAAGAGCACCCUCCAAACUAUUCAAGCAGUGCUGAUAGAUGCUGAGAAAAGGCAAGUGAAGGAGGAAGCUGUCAAACUCUGGUUGGACAAGCUUAAAGCCACAUCUUAUGACAUGGACGAUUUGAUAGAUGAGUGGAACGCUUUUAUUCUCACAUCGCAAAUUGCAAAGAAGAAGGUAUGCUCCUGUGUUGCCUCCCCAUGCUUCUCUUUCAGUAAAAUUGUUCUGCAUCGGGAUUUUGCUGUCAAGGUAAAAGAUCUAAACAAAAGACUCCAAGUGAUUGGCAGAGAAAAAGAUACGUUCAGUUUUGAUUUGAUUAGGGCCAAUGAAGAAGUCCAGCGACCAAUCACUACCUCUUUUAUUGAUGUAUCCGAGAUUUGUGGUAGAGACCAAGAUAAUCAUAUUAUACUUAAUAAGUUGCUGUCCGAGAAUAGUCAAGAAAAAAGAGGCCUCCAUAUCAUCUCUGUGGUUGGAAUGGGAGGUAUUGGAAAAACAACUCUUGCCCAACUAGCCUACAAUGAUCAGCAGGUGAAAGCCUAUUUUGAUAAAAGAAUAUGGGUGUGUGUCUCAGAUCCUUUUGAUGAGAUUAGAAUUGCCAAAGCGAUUCUUGAAGCUUUAACCGAGGUUGCUCCCAAUGUUAUUGAAUUGGAGACUUUAUUGCAGAAAAUACAUCACUCAAUUGAGAGAAAGAAAUUUCUUCUUGUUUUGGACGAUGUGUGGACUGAAGAUUGCACAAAGUGGGAAUCAUUGAAACACUCUCUCAAGUGUGGAUCACCAGGAAGCAAAAUUUUGAUCACCACACGCAAGGAGAAUGUUGCAAAUAUCAUGGGUAGCACUACCUUGUUCCCGUUAAGCCAAUUGUCUGAGGAGGAAUGUUGGUUGCUGUUCAGUCAGGUCGCAUUUUUUGGAAGGAGUAGCGAGGAUUGCAAGGGUUUGGAGGACAUUGGUAGGAAGAUAGCAAACAAAUGCAAGGGUUUGCCGCUUGCUGCAAAGGUUCUUGGUGGACUCUUACGCUUCAAAAAAUCCAAAGAACAGUGGCAGAGUGUGUUGGACAGUGAACUAUGGGAACUUGAAGAAGCUGAAAAGGGUAUUUUCCCUCCCUUACUAUUGAGCUAUUAUGAUUUAUCGUCAACUUUGAAACAAUGCUUUUCAUAUUGUGCCAUCUUUUUAAAAGAUUCUGUGAUAGAGAAAGACAAGUUGAUCAAAUUGUGGAUGGCGCAAGGUUUCUUUAAGGGAACGAAAAAUAAACAGGUGGAGACCAUCGGCCAGGAAUGCUUUGAUGACUUAGCUAUGCGCUCUUUCUUUCAGGAUUUUCAAAAAAAUGAAAAUAACAGUCGCAUACUGAAAUGCAAAAUGCAUGAUAUAGUGCAUGAUUUCGCAAGAUUUUUGACAAAAAAUGAGUGUUCUAUGCUGGAAGUGACUGUUGCAAAUGAUCCCAAGAUAGAGUCUUGCACUGAAAAAGGUCGUCAUCUGGUUGUGGUGCUUGAGAAGGGGUGUUCAUUUCCUCCCUUCAUUUAUAAUUUUCAAAAAUUGCGUAGCCUCUUAAUCAAGUCAUAUAAUAAAAAUAGUUCAAUUGGGGGAGCUUUGCCUAAGUUAUUUGAUGAAUUGAUAUGUUUAAGGAGUUUGGAUUUGAGUUGGUGUUUGAUUAAAGAAAUACCAAAAGAGAUUGGAAAAUUAGUACGCUUGCGGUACCUGAAGCUUAGUAAUAACCAUGAUUUGCGAGAAUUGCCUGAAACUUUGUGUGAUUUAUAUAAUCUACAAACGCUAGACCUCACAAGGUGUAGAAGUCUUAGAACACUGCCUUCUGGAAUUGGAAAGCUUCAGAAUUUGAGGCACCUUGAUAAUUGGGAGACUUUUAGAUUGAGAGUCAUGCCUAAAGGAAUGGAAAGAUUAACGUGCCUUCGGACGUUAAAGGAGUUAGUUGUGGCCGAUGUCUGCAAUGACUCUAGAACAUUUACCAUUGGUGAUUUGGAGAACUUGAGUUGCCUUCAAGGGGAUCUGAAGAUAAGAGGAUUAGGAAAUGCAACAGAUUUGACUGAGGCUAGGAAAGCAAAACUUCGUAAUAAGAAAGACCUCGUUGGUUUAACACUAAAUUUUGAUAUCAGUACUGGCAGAAUUGGUGGUGAAGACAUUAUUCUUGAAGCCUUACAACCACCUCCUUGCAUAGAAAGAUUAGAGAUACGGUGCUUCAAUGGGCCCCUCGUGUUCCCUAGUUGGCUGCAGUCAACAACAUUGGCCCAGCUGAGGCGUAUUACACUUAGUAAUUGCAGAAACUGGGAGUAUUUGCCUCCCUUGGGAAAACUGCCCUCCUUAGAAUCACUUGAAAUGUUAAACAUGGAAAGAGUGAAGACAGUGGGAGUUGAAUUUUUGGGAGUAACAAGAGAAGAGGGGCAAACAUCCUCUCCUACACCUUCUCCUGCGUCUUCUUCAUCUAUGAUUGCCUUCCCCAAUUUGACCUCUCUUCGUUUCACAAACAUGCGAGAGUGGAAAGACUGGAUUAGUUGUGAAAUUUCAUCUACAAGAGGAGCAGAAGUAGAUGUUGCCGUCAUGCCACGUCUUCAUUCCUUAGACAUUCAGACAUGCCCGAAGUUAAAGACUUUGCCACACCACCUUCUUCGAUUGACAAGCCUAAAGGAGCUAAGCAUUACUUGGUGUCCUAUUCUUUCAGAAUAUUGCAGAAAGGAGUGGCCUAACAUCUCUCACAUUCGUGACAUCAGAGUUGAUGGUGUUUAUGUGCGAAGAAAUGGCCAUUGAACUUCUUUUCUGGGUUCAGGAUACAUUCCAUGUUUCAACUAUUGAACGGGUGCAAGAUUACAAGGAUGAAACUAUCUCUUAUCUUUGACUGAAGUGAGCUCAAAUGGAAUACGAUUCCCAGAAGAGAAGAAUCUAUUUUGGUUUGCAUCUUUAUUUCCCGAUUGUUUGCCAUGUGAAGAUGACUGUCACGUGUUUCUUUUCCUUGAAGCUGGCAAAUUUUAUCCUAAUGAUCUGUCUGUCAUUUGCUUAUUAAGGGAUUGCAUUCAGAAUAGUUUUACUAUGCUUGAAGGAUUGUAGGGGUCCUAAACAUAUGACUCGAGAAUGACUAAAGAUAUUUUUGUUUCCUUGUAGCCCUGUUUCGUUCAUGUAGUUAAAAAGUGAAGGAAAUUUUAAAUGAUAAAACUGUGGAGUAAAUUUAGAAAAGGCAUUUCUUCUUGCUUUCUCUUGACAAUGUAGAGUGAGGAAAAUGAGUAAAGGUCUUUGAAUCUCCUUUGCUCCCUGCCUCUCUCCAUGGAAACUCUUUUUUGUGCCUCUUUCACCAUGAUGCUUCCAUGUUUAUUUAUCAUUCCUCCGGUAAUUUGAAGUUUUACUAGGCUAAGUUUAUGCUUGGAUGCCGCUGAGAGAUAUUUGAUGCUACAGGAAGUACAUACUGAACCUGUGAUGCCAAAGCAUUCAGCCUGUUGAUUCCCCUUGGAUUAAUUCCACUUUUAUGGACUGUAAGUUUUAAGCUUGUUCCAGUCUAGAAAUCUGAGUCUUUUUUUUUCCUUCUUUUUCUUUAACGUCGGGUCGUUAUUAUACGGUUGCUCUUUGGUUGUUGGAAAGAUCAAGAAAAUCAGAUUUUGUUAGUUGUUAAAAUUAAUAUAAUAUUGUUUGACACUCAUUCUUAACAGGGAAAAAGUAUGGGAUUGAGGUGGACAAGUACCAAGAUUGGCAGAAAAACGUCCAUCUCAACCUUGUCUAUUUGAUGCUAUUUUUUAUGUCAUCGGAACAUGAAAGGAGAUUAUGUAUAUUUUCAUGAUAUUGCUUUAGUUAACUUUUGAUGAAGGAAAAUCUUGUUUUAAUGAAUUAUAUUAGGUAAAUAACCUAAAUUCAUUUGUAAUUCUUGAUUUUUUUUAUUUUAGUUUAGGAAGUUUUCCUUUGUAUAUGUGAUUGUUACAUUCUCCUUGCCUUAAUUAAAACCAAGUGUUACUUGGAAUUUUUGGAAGA